CUUUUUUUUACCAAAUAUGGUCAUUGACCCCGAGAAUCGCGCCACAAAGGUCAACGUCUCUCUUUCCGGUAGUUCGCUUCCUGAUUUGUGGGAGUUGCUGAAGAAAUACUACAAAAAUCAACGAGAAAACUUUGGUUUCGGAAAUGUCUGAAUAUUUACAAACCACCGUGUUCCCUGCCCUCCCACGCACCCAGCGUGCUACAGCCUUCAAUCUCGGAGGGGACCCAAAAGGCAAGAACUUCCUGUACUGCUUCGGGCAGAGCAUCAUCAUCAGGGAUAUAGAGAACCCAGCGAUCUCAGAUGUUUACACACAACAUGUUGCUAAGACAACAGUCGCCAAAUAUGCUCCCAGUGGCUUUUAUAUUGCGUCUGCAGAUGAGCAUGGAAAGGUGCGUAUUUGGGACACCGUAAACAAGGAGCACAUCCUGAAGAACGAGUUUCAGCCGAUAGGGGGCCCAAUCAAGGACAUAGUCUGGUCACCUGACAGCAAGAGGAUCGCUAUCUGUGGAGAGGGCAAGGAAAAGUUUGCCCAUUGUUUCCUGUGGGACACUGGCAGCUCUGUCGGCGAGCUGAUGGGAAUCAGCAAAGUUGCCAACUCCAUCGACUACCGGCCGACACGACCCUUUCGCAUCAUCGCGGGAGGGGACGACUCCACGACUAUCUUUUAUGAGGGACCACCUUUCAAGUUCAAGAUGUCGCUCGCUGAACACACACGUUUUGUGAACUGUGUACGAUUUUCUCCUGAUGGUGAGAGAUUCGUAUCAGUUGGUGCUGAUGGCAAGGGCUUCAUUUAUGAUGGGAAAACUGCAGAUUUGAUAGCUGAACUUGGAGGUGGUGGUAGCAAUGCUCAUGGUGGGGGUAUCUAUGGGUGUUCUUGGAGCCCUGAUAGCACCCAGCUCAUUACAUGUUCAGGAGACAAGACUGUCAAACUGUGGGACAUGGGACAGAAUUCCAUGGUCAGUGAGUUUAAGAUGGGAACAGCAAUAGAGGACCAGCAGCUGUCCUGUCUGUGGCAGGGUGACUACCUGUUGUCUGUGUCUCUGAAUGGGUACAUCAACUACCUGGACAGGUCCAACCCAACCACACCCAUCAGGAUAGCCAAGGGUCACAACCAGCCUAUUUCUUCCAUGGCUGUCACUGAGGACAAAUCCACAAUCUACACGGCUGACAACAGUGGUCGUAUCACCCAUUGGGAUACAGCCACAGGCGAGCAUGACGUCAUCAGUGGGAAGGGUCACAGCAACAAGGUGCUGGGUAUGGGGGUCCACGGGGGGAAUCUCAUCACCAGUAGCAUGGACGACUCUGUCAGGUACACGUCUGUACCUGGGAAUGAGUACGGACCAGAUGCUAUAACAAUGGACUCAACGCCUCUAGGUGUUGGAGUGGGCAAGGAUGGUGUGUCAGUGGCUGCCUGUAUAAAUGAGGUGGUUGUGUUGAGAAAUGGGAGGAAGGUCUUCAGCUUGCCCGUCAAUUACGAAGCGACUGCUGCCGGCGUGCAUCCCAACCAGACUCAGGUUAUGGUGGGAGGAAAGGACAAGAAGCUGUAUGUGUAUAACCUGGCAGGAGACACCCUGGUGGAGUGUAAGACCAUCCAGCUGAAGGGUGCUGUCACUGCGUUUGCGUUCUCCCCCGACGGCAGGUACCUGUCCUGUGCACAGACAUCCAGACAUAUCACAACCCUGGACGCUUCUGCUGGCUAUGUGGAUGUCCAGGGCACAGAUGCGUGGAUGCAGAACGCCAUGGUCACCUGUGUGGCAUGGAACCCCAGCAGCACACAUCUGGCCAGCGGAUCUCUGGAUACCAACAUCGUCAUCUGGGAUCUGGCUAAACCGUACAAUAGGUUUGAAAUGAAGGGUGCCCAUCCGAUAAGCCAAAUCGUGGGCCUGGAGUGGUUGACAGACAACAAGCUCAUCUCCGUAGGAACGGAUAACGCCAUCCGGCAGUGGGACAUCAAGUACUGAAGUGCCUCCUACCCACAGUGCACCCGGAGAUUAAUCUCCAGAUUUUAUUGGAGAAGUACCAAUAACAACCACAUAUAAGUAUAAUAUGUGGCAUCUUAAGUUCUUUUCUAGACAUCUUCAAAUUGCUUAGUUUCAGAUUUCAAUUCUAUAACUCUUUUGAUAAUAAGAUAUGGCAGAGAUAAAACAGCUUUCAAGGUUGUAUUCCUAUGGUAGCUAACUUCAGGUAUGUAGCACCAGAUGUUUUCAAAGUCUCUAACUAGUGAGUGGUGAAUUUGCUAUGCUGGAUAUCCUGGUCCUGUAUGUUUUAAUGUAAUGCAAGGACACAGAAUCGAUGUUGAAGACUUUCCCGAGGACUUGCUGUAGGAAAAAAAUUGCUAGCAGACUUUUGCAAAUAUAAGUUUAGCAACUCAGCAAUGAAUGGAAAAGGACAGAACCUAAGGAAGACGACUGAAUGCAAUGAAAUAUAGACUGCUUUUGGACAAAUGUAAGAAUGAUAAUAAUUCUGAAAAUGGUGAGAUAUGCAUGUAAUGUUCCACAUGUAACUGCAGUGAUAAAGUGUUCCAUGAUGUGUGAUUUAACUUGCAGUUUAAAAAGGUCAUGUGCAUCCUUGUUGGUGAAUUAGGAAAGAAUCUGACAAAAAUUGAACUUGAAGGUAUACUAGAUAAAUGCAUUGUCGGUAAUGGUUAUGGACAAAGAAAAUUGAUACAUAAUAUGAUUUAUGGAAAGUAACAGUACCAGACUUGAUUAUAGUACGUGUACUUAGUAUAUUGUAACUAGUAAGAUGUUGGUCUCAAUGCAGUGGCAUUGACAGAUUGACUUCAUAGAGAGUCACACAAUGAGCAAUAGAUAUGAAACUAGAGUGUGAUCAAUUUCAGAGCCACUAGGUUUUGCCACAGGCAAUACUCCUGAGUACCAUAGUUACAGUAUGAUGCAGCUAUAUAAUAUGAUGUUAUGUUUAUUAAAAGAAAAUAGGUCUGUUAGCAGCAUAGUGUAAUGAAGUGCUCACUAUGACUGAAUCUGGUGUAGUUUAUCAGGAGGAAUAUUAAUAAGAUCAUUACCUCUUGAAUACCCUUAUUAUCAAUCAGAAAAUCAUUAUUAUCAGAAAUUGUACUAUAAUGUAUGUACAUGUAGCUUGUGGCACAGCUUUCUGACAGACUUAAACCCGCAUUAUGCAAGGUCCCUUACAUCCAAGGUUCACAUCUUGACUAUAUUCACUUUAGUUACAAUGAUUUUGAUUGAUUUAAGUGCACUGUAUGUCUAAUACUUUAAACUUAAGCACACUGAAGUAGCCGUUUGGCUGCAAAUUCUCUAUUGGUUACUGGGUUACUAUAUAAUAGGCAGCAGAGGAGGUUAAGCCUGCAUCUCAGUAGUAAAAGAACAGUUCCUGACUGAAGGUUGUCCACACAACCAUGUUCUAUUGGAAGUGGCUGCCACGUGGAAGACAUUUGAAAACAAAAGUUCUGAUCAUCUUGCUUUUCACUGUUGGUCAUCUAUAUGCAAGGUCAUUCAACAUCGACCUCAGAUGUUCUUUAGCAAAGAAUCACUUUCAUCUUAAGAUGAUAUUGUUGAACAUUGUGGGAAAAAUGAGCAUUUUCAAGGGGAUCUUUUUGUCUUUUGUAUAAGACUCAGAUAUUGAAACUGUGACCAAAAUAAGACCUUCCACCCUGGCAGCUAUACUGUUCUUCGCCUAAGAUCUGUGAUAGUACUUGAACCUGUGAUCUUUGUAUUUCCAUAAUAUGGUGCGAGUGAUAGUUCUGGAAUUAUAAGGAAUGGUAUACUGAUACCCCAGCUCACAACAUGUAUUGUGCAUUAAAGCAGGAUAGCUGCAUUUCGGAAGACCAUAGUCAUGGGAAGGUCUGCAGAUUACAAAUGUGAUAAUCAUGAUCAUGAUGAGCAAAAGUCUGAAACAAGCAUUUCUUGGCAUGUCUAUCUGGUAACAGACACACGCACAAAGAGCAACAAAAACUGAGGCCUUCAGAAUAUCUCAAUGAUUUGAACAAAUCAGGAAGUACUGUGUCUGAUAUAACUGCAUCUUUUAUCACCCAGGGCAUCUGUAGUGUUCUUGUACCGUACUGUACAGUAUACAAUGUCACUUUUGUAUCAACCUUGUAUGUUACAAACCUAGCUCGAGAAGAAAGUAGCUAUUCUUCAGUCGGUAGCGUAGCAAACUGUGGUGUGGAACCUUGUCCUUGUCUAUUAAAACAAAGUUAACACUUAUCUGAGAUAAGACCAUUCAGCUCUAUGCCAUGUGUCCUAUGUUUAGAUAUUAGGGUACUACAUUUUGUACCAUGAUUUAUCUCGUAACAAAAAUGCCAUAAUGAUUGCUAUUUAGUAUGGAAAUUCAUUAGCAAAGACUUUAAUUUUUUGCCAGCUGUGCAAAUUUUCAAGUAGCAUAUGUUUAUCUUGUAUUUAAAAUGUAAGAAAAUACAUGCUCACAUUCAUGAACUCUUUGUAACCACAAUUAUGACAAUGGUGUCCUGAAAGGGAAAUUGCACUCAUUUUACAAUUAUGGCUCAAGUAGGGGUAGUUGGCAAUUCUGGGAAUAAUGUCUACUAAUGGAGUCCAUAUAGAAAUAGGUAUGUGUGAUAGGGGCUGGUGUGCAGCUGUAUUGACCUAGGGAAUGACACUCUACAUAAGGGAUAGAUAGCAUCUGGUAUAUAUUUUCCUUCUAUGUAACAGUUAAGUCAUUAUAAUUCACACAUAUAUCAUUUCAAUACUAUUUAGUUCAGUUAUUCCAAUACUGAUGGAUUUGAAUUUUCUAUGCUAUGUUGUACGCCUGAAAUUAAAGAGUAUAAUUCUGA